AUUAAUUUUAAUUUUUGUGUUCUGUUUUUAUUUUCCCUUUUUUUUUUGGUUUUUUGUCUUCUUCUGAUUUUCUGAGGGGUUGAAUUGCCUUAUAUCUCGUAAAGCAUUUGGCUUUCAUAAUGGAAGGUCGUGUUAUUAGUGUGCUCAUGCUUUGACUUGUUACUUUUUUUUUUUGUCUUCUGCUGGUUUUAAUCUGUCGCACUUUUAUUUUGUUCGUUGUUCUUCUGAAAUUCGGGUUUGAGAAUUUUGGAAGUUUUGUUGGGUUUAAUAGGCUUUGUAUGUAGUUUCUAAUUAAUGCUUCUUUCAAUUGUUUGGCUCAGCUUAGAAACUGCCUUAAACACUUUCAAUUAUUUGCUUUGUUAUUUAUGACAUUGGUCAGUGUUCUCCAAUGCAAUUUUGGUAUUCAUUAGAUUUGCCAAAAUAUUUGUCUAACUCGUACACAGUCCCUCUGAUAUUCAAUUAAGCUUAUGGGAUUCACUUCCAAGUUGAAGUUUUGAAAAUGGCCACCUAUAUUUGCUUGCAGUGAUACUCGACUUAGUUAUGUAACUUUUACAUAUACUCCACUGCUCUGUUAAUUUGGCAUUUACAAGUGGUAGAUUUUUAUAUAAAUUGUUUUCACUAGAGUUCAGUAUUGAGGUUUUUAUUUGUUCACGUUCGUGUUUUAUGUGAUCUGGGAUACUAUUGAAUUCAUUUGUCUAGUACAUAAUGUAUGAAACUUGUGGAUUUUUUAUUGUUCCUGUUAUUGUGACUGCUUCAGGUGAAAAAGAAAAUGUGAUUGCUUAUGUUCAUUCUGGUUAGUGCUGUUUACUCCUUAGCUCUUGCACGUAUGCAGUCUUCAAGAGGUUGCUGCUGCUAACCAUAUACACCUAGAGACAACAUUUAAGAAUGAUAUGAUACCUAUUUUCUGUCAUUGUGAGUGUGUUUGUGUGCGUGUGAGAGAGAGUGUGACUAAAGUUUGUAUCCACAAGUCCUUUCUGGAUACAUUGAGUAAAGUUUGUUACCAGUUCUGUUUUGUCUGAUACAUAGACAAUGCUGGUGCUUUGUGUUUUUUAUUUUUAUUUUGUUUUUAUUUUGUUGUGAAUGUUGGUUUGUUCUAUGUAAAAGUGACCUCCCAACACUAAAAGAAGACCCACCAGCUCAAAAUUUGAGACUCAAUGGGUACCGAAUUGGAAACAAUUGAGCCAAGGAUGACAUCUAUGUUUACCCAGCUCCAAUCUGAGUGUGGCAUCCUACAUAGAAUCGUAUACAAGAACAAGAAUCAGCACCGGCAUUGUUCCUACUUCCAGCAUCUUUUAAAGGUGAGGAGGGAUUUAAGGCUUCUGCAGUUGGCAAACUUGGAGGAGCUUGUAACAUCAUGUUUCCAUGUUAUCAAAGGUGAUAGACCAAAACAGAAUGUUCAUCUUUUAGAGAGCUUAAAAAGGAGAAAAUGCAAUAAUGAAAAGCAUAAUUUUAUGGAGCAUCUUUUAGGAGCUGCACGCCUACUAGCAGAGAUGGUUGAACCAAUACUGAAGGCUGCAACUGAGGUAUCUGUAUUGUUUGCUCGGACUUUUUUCAUGGGAUUAUCUCUAACAAUUAUGGCUUUGCUUGCGCGUCUUAGACUUUUGGUCCAACAAAUAUUACUUGAUGUUGUUUCACUGUUCAACAUGGUUUCUUCCCUCUCUGAAAAGAAGCAAUCAAUAAAAAUAACUCAUAUGGGAAUUGAGGUUUUCAGACAGUUAUACCCAGUUAGUGAUGAUUUUAUUUUAUUAGAGUGUAUCUGGAAAUCAGAUAAGUUUAUAUUACUUGAGAGAAAGCGUAAGAGGGAGAUUGAAAGUCAAGGUGAGGACUCUGGUUGAAAAGUCUCUGUCCAAGCAUGAGAUGUCAACUACAAUAAUAUUAAGUCUUUUGUUGAGGUGUGUAGUUAGGGUUUGAGAACUUGAACACUCCCAUGAAGUGCUUGGGAGUGAAGUGUCGGCUACUUAUCAUCCCUAGCUGUCUGCAAUUCUUUUUCUUCCAGGAGGAGGACAUUUAAUUCUUGAAGUGGAGAUCAAACUGAGAAGUUUGGAAGCUAUCCUUUUCUUCCUUAGUUCAGAACACUGUUAUAUAUUUCUAUAGAUUUGAAUAAACGUGAUGGU